AUGGUGGUGGUGGUGGUGGCGGUCGUGGUGGGGUGGAGCAGGGGAGGUGGGUUGACUGUUGUUAAUUGCAUUGCCACAGAUUACUACGGAAAAGCUGUGCAGUUGAAUUGGAAUAGUCCCCAGGCGCUUAACAACUGGGGACUUGCACUGCAGGAACUCAGUGCGAUAGUCCCUGCUAAGGAAAAGCAUAACAUUGUUAAGACGGCAAUUAGUAAGUUCCGUGCAGCAAUUCAGUUGCAGUUUGACUUUCAUAGGGCUAUUUACAACCUCAGAACUGUUUUGUAUGGCUUAGCCGAGGACUUGCUAAGAAUCGGGGGAUCAGUCAGCCAUAAUGAUAUUUCGCCCAAUGACUUGUAUAGUCAGUGCGCUGUCUAUAUUGCAGCUGCUCACGCAUUGAAGCCAAAUUACUCGGUCUACCGCAGUGCACUGAGGCUAGUCCGUUCUAUGCUUCCUUUGCCCUAUCUUAAAGUGGGAUAUCUGACGGCUCCACCUCCAGGAAAUCCAAUAGGCCCCCAUAGUGAUUGGAAGCGGACACAAUUUGUCCUUAACCAUGAGGGUCUUUAUCAGAUUGUAUCCGAACAAAAGACAUCACGGCAGAGUCUUUCUAGCAAGCAAGUAGAUGGGCCAAAUAUAAAAAAUAGAGCCGUCAAAGUUGACAUCCCUGACAUUGUUUCAGUGUCAGCAUCUGCUGAUCUUACUUUACCACCUGGGGCUGGACUCUUCAUUGACACAAUACACGGACCUGUAUACUUGGUAGCUGACUCGUGGGAAUCUUUGGAUGGUUGGCUGGAUGCAAUUCGUUUAGUUUACACAAUUUUUGCUCGAGGUCUACACUCCGAGGAUUGCGCCUUAUGCGAGGAAUUUGAUGUGGUUCGUGAGCAAUGGGCUAAGUUUUUUACCAACAAGUAUUUAUUAUUGGCUUUAGCGCGCUUGAUCGAGUUGGUUUAGUUGUUAUAGAAUAAAUUUUAUAUUAAAAUGUAUGUUUAUGUUGAAAUUGGAACAUAUAUUUAAAUGUAAUAUGUGCACUUUGGUUUU